UACAGACAGUGGUGCUCGGCCAUGGACCAGGGGAAGAUCCCGUCAGAGAUCAAAGCUCUGCUGACCGCAGACGAGCAGAAGAUCCCUGCGAGUGGGGGGGGCGGGACCAAGACCUCCAAGAACAAGAACUCUCAGAUUUAGGCUGGUCUUCCUCACAGGAAGUCCUUCAUCAUUUCAUGGUGGACGUCUCUGAUCUGUAAACAAGCGUGUAAACAUCAUGUUGGAGUCACUUCCUGUUUUGUCUUCCUGGAUCCAUCAGUCUGUUGUGUAUCUGAUUGUUUACAGGUCACAUGACUCCUGGCUUUUAUUUUGAAAUCUUCUCAUGUUUAUGUUAAACAAGACAUAUUAUAAUCAGCAGUUUAGUAUUUAUGAUCCAUCCGUCCUUCGUCCUAACCGUCUCCUGAUUUCACUUCCUGUCAGUCUUCUCUUCUGAUUGGUCGAAGCACUUUGUGAAUGUUUGUAGUUUUAUUUUGUUUGUUUUUCUCAAAGAUAAUAAAAGUUUUCUCAUGAAAGUCUCA